AUGAAUAAACAACAGCAACCACAACAACUUAAGACACAAAGCACCCAGGUCCUUCAAACCAUUACAUACGCCAUAUAUGCAUAUAAUUCAAAGACGGCAGAACAAACGCAAAGGUUGAAAUAUGGAGAUUUGGAGAUAGUAUUGAAAAAUGAGCAUUUCGAAUUUGUUUGCAAAGGUGGUGCAGUGAUAUCAAAUAUAAAAGAAAUUUUAUUUAUGAAUUCAAAAAUUAAAGGUAUAACGGAUGAUAUAACAUCAAUUCCACCAGAAGAACAAAGAUAUUACGCAUUAAAUGCAUUUCCUAAAGUUUUGAAGAUUGGAAGAUUUAAUUUAAAUGAGGAAUUCAUAAAAGGUUUCCUAAAUGACAUAAUGAAGAAAGCGGAUAAGGAAUAUGUGGCUAGUGAGUUAAAUAAGAAGGCAAAUUUAGUUUAUGUUGAUGAAAAAGAUAAUGAAAUUAAAGAAAGGGUUGAAUGGUAUCAUGAAUGGACAUCGAAGAUUUUUAAAACUAAAGCUGAUACAGGAUGGGUUUCAGGAUGUUUAGACCUUAAAGCGGAUAAAACUUAUGUUAAUGAUGAGUUAGAGAAGAAAGCGGAUAAGGAAUGUGUGGCUAGUGAGUUAAAUAAGAAGGCAAAUUUAGUUUAUGUUGAUGAAAAAGAUAAUGAAAUUAAAGAAAGGGUUGAAUGGUAUCAUGAAUGGACAUCGAAGAUUUUUAAAACUAAAGCUGAUACAGGAUGGGUUUCAGGAUGUUUAGACCUUAAAGCGGAUAAAACUUAUGUUAAUGAUGAGUUAGAGAAGAAAGCGGAUAAGGAAUAUGUUAACGAAAUAUACCAAAGUUUGAUAGGAACAACGAAAAAUAUUGAAACUAUUGUUGGUGACUUUUCUGUCAAUGAAGAAAAUAAAUAUUUUAGAUGGCAGUUUGUACAGUCCUUAAAAAAUGGUACACGGUGUAAACUCAUUCCGAAAAAUAACAAUGAAAUGUAUGUAAGUUAUAAAAAGAAUGAUGGCACACAAGUUAAAGUUCCAUUAGACAACAACUGUUACUUAAACUUAUAUGGAGACGAACAAAAGAAAUAUUUAAGAGUUUAUGAAAUGACAGAUAUGACAUUGCCUGACCCAGCUCCAGCACCAUAUUAUUAUGACUAUGGAGAUGAUGUCAGAACACCACAUGUAGAUGAACAAAAGUUAACAUUAUAUUUAGAUUAUUAUAGAUAUAAAAGAUAUAAUGCAAUAGAAAAAACGAGAAUAGUAUAUUAUUAUACAGAUGACAAAAAUAAAUAUUAUAGUCAAGAUUUUACCUACCCUGAAAACAUAAGAUUAUAUUAUAAAAAAUAUUCUGACACAAACCAGAAGAAACCGGAAAUAGUUGCACUAUAUUUUAAGUUCAAAAGUUGCUUCAUAAGUACCUUCCUCAUUAAUGUUUUCAGGUUCUUCAUUUAA